AUGCUUUUACUAAUAUUAUAUUAUGUGUAUAAAUGGAUGACAGUGCCUUGGUCUUAUUAUGAAAAUAUACAUCGAAAGAGAAUGAUCCAUCAAAAUUCAUCCAAGAAAGCCGGUCUUUCUUCUUUUGAUGAUGAUAAUACACAAUAUCAGCAACAGGGAUGCAAAGAUAGGAUGAUGGACGAAUUACGUCGACAUGAAUUAGCGGGGCUUUUGUGGGUGACACUUUCACCUUUCGUUGCGGGAUUUACAUUACAAUACAGUCGUUAUUUAGUUAGUAAUGUAGAACAUUAUAUUAGCACCUUUAAUAUCACUGUCUUUAUCUUGGCCGCCUCUAUUAAACCUUUAUCACAUCUCCUUCAUCUCUUACAAGAACGCACUUUAGAUUUACAUACAGAUCCUUCGCUUUUAUUGAAUGAAACUAGUUUGGACACAAUGACUACCCUUGAAAAUAGAAUUCAGAAACUAGAAAAGGAAAUUGAACGACUUCAACAUCAAUAUUCAUCGCACAUGCUAUCAAAAGCGACACUAGAUUCAGAGGAACUUGAUAAAACAUUUCAAAGAUUUGACAGAAGAGUUUCGGCCAUAAAGAAUUGGGCGGAUAGAAAUUUUACUGUGCUUGAUAGAAGGAUGCACGAGUUUGAUGCCUAUAUUUGUUAUCAAAUCGAACAGGAUCAAAAGAUGCAGCAACAUGGCAUUAUCGUCAGUAUCUUUCUUCUACCCUUUAAUAUAUCAUUAUGGAUGGUUAAGCGAAUCACGUGUUUAUUACCUACUAGUACAUAUCAUCUAUUUCAAAGGAAAAGUAGUAAUAGCCAUCAUCCAUUAUUGACAGCCGAGAGUAAAGAUAAUCAUUUAUCAGCUACUGCUUUAUUAACACACGAUACUAUGACUAAUAAUAAUGAACCUGGCUGUUCAUCAACUGAGAGAAACUCUGAUAUUUUUUGA